UAAAAAUUGAAAUUUGUCUCAAUUUUGUUAGAUUACUUGGAUUGAAACAAAUUUUCGGUAAAAUCUCUUAAAAUGACCGAAGAUCUCAAACUGAUUGUGCUCGAGGUGAACAAACUGCUCGAAACGGAUUACAAUCUGAUCACGUUCGAUUCCCUUUCGCCCGAAUCGCUGCUACAAGUGCUGAUUGACGUGUUUCAUGCGUUCGAGGCCAUCGAUAAGCUGGACGUGCGGGAAAAUGACCCGGAAGAUACCAACGUGCAGGUGAUGGACGCUCUGCGGAAGAUCCAAUACCGUCCACUGGGCGAUAUUGACGACCCGGGUGCGUUUCGACGGGGGCUGGUCCGCGGGGAAAAGAAGCUGAUUCAUCCGAUUUUGCGGUGGACUUUUGAGAACCGUGAGCGCGUGAAGAAGUCGUCCUAUUUGGCAAAGUUUCUGAUUCCUUUGGAUCUACCACCGGAAGCCAUGUCGAUGCCCGAUCUUAGUAGCCUUUGGGCGCAAUAUCUUCAAACAAUGGAUGAUUUCAAAGACGCGCAUAAGGCGUACGAGCAGUCGGUUCAUGAAGGGGCCCAAACGCGAGAACUGCGCAGCGACAUUGGUGCGAUUGAAACCGAGAUCGAGAAUGUCAAAAAACGCAUCGAGCGCACGCAAACUAGAUUGGACAAGGUCCCUCAGCAGGAGUUGCUGCUCGAGGCUGCCAACAGUUUGCGUAUUGAGAAAGAACGCCAGAAGGAACUUCUAUCGCAAAUCGAAGAACAAAAGCAAGGACUCAACCGAGCCAGCAUGAUUCAUGAUCGGCUGCAGAAAGAUCUGCAUAAUGCAAAGAUGUCCGUACAAGGUGCUACUCCGCAGAAUUUGAUGGAGAGUACUAUUGAGGAGACACAAGUGCUGGAAUUUAUGGUUCAGCAGAAGUUACCGCAAGAGUUGCUCCAACGCAGAUCUGAGGUGCAAAUCCUGGAGGAGGUGAUUGACGAACCAAACAUUAGUCGAUCCGAUCUCGUCGACAUGCAAGGCAAGAUCGAAGAGCUCAAUCGAGAAAUUCAGAAACUCGUUGAAGUUCGAAUGUCCGAGUACAACACCCAGAAUGACACGUUGGGACCGUUUCGGCAACAAGCAGCCAUGGUUGCUCGCAACAAAGAAGCAGCCGCUGAGCAACUUGAUCAGAUGACGAAGGAACUCCGCGAAAUCGAUAAACAGCUAGUGGACAAGCAGCGCAAGCUGCAGGAAACCGUCGGAGAGGUAAUUUUGCGAGGAGAAGAACUUAAACAGUUCGUUAACACUCUCCGCGCCAAGAGUAACGUCUACAAGCAGCAACGAGCUGAACUGGCAUCGGUCAAGGCCGAAGUGACCGAUCUCACGCAGACUUUGGAAAAUCUCAAAACUCAAGAUCCGUCCCUCUCGAGCACCCUGUCCCAGGUGACUGACGAAGAUUCGUCCAUGGCCGGCAGUUUGGCCAGUGGAGGUGAAUUCGACAGCCGCCCGGGCUCGCCGGGAAUUGCGUCCCGUGGUAUGACCGAACUGACCCGGCUGGUCGAUGGCCUACAACGGGCUGUCACGGCCGCGCGGGAACGUGUCACACCACUGUCGCAGCAAUUGCGACCGCUCCGGGAACGGGUGAUUGAGUUGAAGGACGAGAUGGAUUCGAAGAAACAGUCCUUCGAUGCUCUGGUUGCCACCCUCAAUGCCGAAUCGGCCGUAAUGCAGAGCAAGAUUACCGAAACGGACAAGUCGAUCAAAUCGCUGGAAUCGCAGUGGCAGGAGCUGCAGCUGGAGUUUGAACGGUCGGAGCUGUUGCUCGAGAAGGCCAACGAGGAAAUAGCCAACCUGGCAGCGAUCAACGGCGAUGGGUCCUCUUCGGGGACACGUGUUUCGUUGAAGGAAACGUUGGCGCAGCAAAUUUUCGAACAGGAAACUGUCGGAAAGCGGUUGGCUGAGGAGAAGACGGCUCUGCAGGGCAGCAAAAUGGAACGCCAACGGCAGCAGGAAAUGUGGGGCGAUUUGAAGCGAUUGUUUGAGGUGAAAAUUCGGUGCUUUCACGAGAACAAACAGCGAGGUCCCGGGGGGACACUCAGCGUUAGCCGCGGCGGUGCGGAAACUUUUAUUUUGCAGUGAGUUGCGAUUGAUGAUGACGCGUAACGUAAUGUAGUCAGCACUGAAAAUCUGUGUAUAUUGUAAUUUUAAGGUGGAAUAUAUUCACAAAAAAUAAAUAAAUAGAUUUCUGUGUGUAGAAUGCAUUGCUCUGAGCAAAGUUUUAGCGAGAAAUUAUCAACAUUAAACUUAUUCUCAACAUACUAUUUAAACAGCAGUUGGUAACUAAGGAUAUUGUAGCAUCCUUUUGUUCGGUCAAUU